GUAUCUCCUCCCACACAUUACUUACCAAAGGCAUGACGUCAGCUCUAUUCCUGAUUGUAAAGCUCACCUAUUUCUGGAUUCUAAAUAUUCUGUUCUAACCGCUCAUACAGGGUCAGUUUGCUGCCGCGGAGAAGAUACAAUGUCUACACAAUGGGAGGACAUGCCUCAAGAAAUCCUUGCACAAAUCUUUUACUACCUACCUCUAGGAGACAGACGGACAGUUUCUCAGGUGUGCCAGUCCUGGGCAUAUGGACUGGCAUCUCCCACAGUUUGGCACUACACAGAGAUUAGCUGGGUGUCGGAAGAAGAGUUGCUAACACUCGAUGGAUUAGAGCACUUUCUGGUCCAGAUACAACAACUAAAGAUUGUUUUUGACCAAUCCAAAGAAGCAAAUCGCAAUAAUGUAAUAAAUAUUCUAGAUUGUCUGGCCAAAAAGAAAAACAAACUGCGUAGCCUGACUAUUGUGUGCUGUGGAGAAAACCCCUUAUUUUAUUCUGGGCAGGAAAUUUUGGAAAGCAUCAUGAACCUUUGUCGGAAGGAAAGUCAUGUUGACCUCCAGCACAUUGAUCUACGAAAGUUCCCUUUUACUCUUAGUGAUGGCUUUGUAAGACUUAUUGCUCGAGGGAGCCCAAAUCUACAUAGUUUGUACAUAAACAACGGCACAUUAGUUUGCAAAGUAACCUCUGAAACUUUGAAAGCAGUUUUAGAGUUCUGUCCCAAACUCUCUGUCCUAGGCACCUUUUGUUCCAGUUUGUCUUUAGAGCUUUUCCAUGAAUUUAUGAAACCAUGCAGGCCACCACUUAUGUGCCUGGACAUCUUGUGUGAAAGGUUGGAUAAAUACACACAUUCAAUAUCUGAUGAAGCGUGGGGUGAGCUUUGUCUACGUCAUCCCACACUUCGUGUGGACCUAGAACUUGACCACACUAUCCCUGCUUGGAAAAUCCGUCGAACCUUACAACCAAAUAUUCCUGUGUCAACCUUACAACUCAACACCUUCAACGAAAUGGUGAACCAAAUAAGAUUUGUCACCAGUCACUACUGGUGCACUCUAAAUAAGAUAGUUAUACACACCACCUCAUCCAGUGAUCUAGACUCUGCUCUUAUUGAUUUGGCUAUAAAGUGUGGUGGAUUGGAAGAAAUUCAUUGCUACUGUUUAGUAGGACCUGAAGUGAUUCAAGCUUUCCUAAAACACUGUCCUCGCUUGAAAAAAUAUACUCUUAAAAUUGUCAAAGAAAAACACCCAUGGAAAGCAACAUGGACCCAGCCAUCUACAGACUAAUAAAUAAAUGCAAAUAUGCUCUAAGUAUUGAUAUAAAAUAUUUAAUACAAAA